AGAAGCGGCCAUUUUUAAAAUCGGAAACAUGGCGGGUCAGGCACUAAGGUGCGGGUUAACAAACCUUGCCGUCGUACUGAUUUUGUUCACAACGAUGAAAGUCCGCGGUUACAAUUUGGUAGCAAGGCGCGAGUCCGAGUUCACGUUCAAGAAUGAUGUUGUUGUUGUGCCUAUGCGACAUCGCAGAUUUGUCAACAACGACGUUAUCGCUCCACCCGCGAAUAUCGUGAAAAUGAACAUCGACUCUAGAACCAGCUCAAGGUACACGCAAGUUUUGGUGGAAAGUGUGGUGAUGAAUGAUCAAAUGGAGUCUAGAGAAGCAAAAUUCAUUGUGCAGAUCCCAGAGACGGCCUUCAUUUCCAACUUCUCCAUGUUGAUAAAUGACACCUGGUUUAUUGCGGACGUGAUGAAUAAAAGUGCGGCCGAACAGGUGUACAAGGAUGCUCAGUCCAAGGGGGAAUCUGCAGGCCACGUCGGCACUGACACUUACACGCCGAGCCCAAGAGGGAUGGAAAAUUUCAAAAUCUCGAUCAACGUAGCUGCCGAGAGUGAAGUGGAAUUCAAACUGCUGUAUUCUGAGCUGUUGGAAAGAAGGCUUGGGGUGUACAGGCAAAGGAUAAGCAUAAGGCCUGGACAAACGGUGGAGAACCUCACUUUAAGUGCUCAGCUGUAUGAGCCCCAGGGAUUCGCUUCAUUCAAGUUUUCACCCCCAGGGGAAAGCACACUGUUAGAAAGCUCACGCACUCCUGAUGUUCAACUGACAGCCUCUGAUACAUUCAAGUCUGUAGCCUACACCAUGUCUAUCGCUGCACAGAGAAAAUUAGAUGCAGAGAAGGGAUCGGAUGGUGAAUUCAUAAUUGAGUAUGACGUGAGGCGAGAAAAUGAAGAGUCAAGGGGAGGAGUGUUGCUGGUUGACAGUGGUUACUUUGUUCACUACAUCGCCCCAUCUGACCCAAACCUGGUCACCCUGAAUAAAAAUGUGGCAUUUGUUAUUGAUGUCAGUGGGUCAAUGUCAGGGGAAAAGAUCAUCCAAACUCGUCAGGCCAUGAAGACAAUUCUGUCUCAACUGAGACCUGAUGAUUACUUCAAUAUUCUUUUAUUUUCAAGCAACGUGAGAUCAUGGGAGCCCCGCCCGAUACGAGGAUCUGCUGAAAACAUCGCUCGAGCUAAGAGGUUCGUGGAUGACCAUGUCAAAGCCGACGGUGGUACAAACAUUGAUGCUGCCUUAAGAGAGGCGGGUAACUCUUUGUCUCAGUUGAUGACCGGUUUAAGUGAGCGUAGAGGCAGGAUGAUUGUAUUUUUGACAGAUGGGAUGCCAUCUGUAGGGGAAACUAACACAGUAAAGAUUCGUAAAAAUGUGCGGACUUGGAAUAUAGAAAGCAAACUUCCCAUUUUCUCACUUGGUUUUGGAAUGGGUGUCUCCAUUGACUUCCUACAGCAGUUAUCCUGGGAGAAUUUGGGAUUUGCUCGACAGAUCUAUGAGGACACUGAUGGUGUCAGCCAACUGUCAAACUUCUUCACUGAAAUUGAAUCUGUAAUUUUGUUGGACAUUCAUGUGACUUAUGACACAGAUGCAGUGGAAGUUGCCACACUGACCAGCACCACUUUCCCUCAGUAUUUUAAGGGUUCAGAAAUUAUUGUGGCUGGAGAGAUAACUCCAUCUGCACCACAGUCCUGGUCAGCCCAAGUGAGCGCCAGUGGAAAGACUGAUGUUGUAAAUUAUAACAUUCCUGUAACUGGCCAAAAUACAUACGACACCAAUGUCGCACCUUGGAGUGCUGGUUUUGCUGAAAAGCUUCGGGCUUACCUGAAAAUUAAAGACCUGAUUCGCGAAAUGUCCAUUGCACCCAACAAAACCGUUGAAGCUGCUUUGGAACAGGAAGCUAUUGCCUUAUCGCUGCGUUAUAAUUUUGUCACUCCGGUGACCAGUAUGGUGAUCACUCAAUCAUCUAGAAGUGUAGAGAAUGAAUUAAGUCGGGAUAUGGCUAUAAGUGCAAUAGUCGGGAGUUCUUUGGGAAAAGCCAGCUCCAUUGGUGUUCCAUCCAUGGUACUGCUGUACCUAACCUCCCUACUCACCGUCCUACUGUCCUCAGCCGGCAGUCUUAUUACUUUUCUUACUUUGUAGUAAGUAACGCCUUUUUUUGUUUGUCGAGCAAACAAUCCUAAAUUUCUCAACCUUUUCAAAAGUUAGGCUGUGACAUGUAAAUGAUAAAUUUUCCAGUAAAAUCAGAUUUAUUUUCGUAAGUUUUAUUAGGUAUAUUCUUCUGUAUGCAAAAAGUUUUUAAGUUACAGUAAUUAAUUGUUCUAGCAAAGUGGAUUUAUAACAGCGUGUGCCUCCUACUGUCAGAAGACAGAUAUAUGUAUUCUGCUGUUGGGUCAUUCAUAGAUUUUUGGAACAACUGAGCAAAUGAUCCCAGUAAAAAAAAAAAUGGAAGGUUAUAUAUUAAUGCAUCCCAUAGAUUUGGGGAUUAACUGUAUCUAAGAUCUGCAUAGAUGCCUCUGUUUUUAUGACAUUUAUCCUUGCUGUGUUAUUACCUAUAUAUGUGUAUGUGGGUAUGUAUAUAUAUAUGUAUAUAUCUGGCUGAUUUGCUAUGGAUAUAUACAUGUUCUAUUUUAAUAUUUACUCUUCUAAAGGUAUUACUGCGGUAUGUUGGCUGAUAAAUUGAAGCAUCUGCCCUACAAAUGGGAGUCUAGAGUUUAUGUAACACUUCCAAGCAAGACAUUUGUAUACUUCUGUGGUGACUUCUUAGCAAGAGAAGAUAUGUCUAGAGUGCUUGGUGGGGCAUCAUGCUUGGUAUCUUGGUCAUAGUGGGCAAUGAGACUGGCUAGCUCCAGAAAGACACUAUCCUGAUAGGUUCAAUGUAAGUUUCAAAACAAUAUUAAAAUAAACUCAAUAAAAGUGUCGAUUAGAUACAUGCAUUGUGUCAUUUGCAGUUUAUUUAAACAAACAUAUGCAGGAGACCUGUUCGAUGCACAUGUUCACGAGAAAUCCAAGUUAAGUACUUACAAACCAUAGAAGAUUUAAUACAUAUGUAAGUAAAUGUAAAUUGUUGACAAGGUCAUCUUUUAAUUAACUUCAAAAUGGAAGUUUUUGUGUAAUAUUUUUCAUCAGUUUUGUUUAUUUUGUUUUUUUGAAAGAAAAUUUUACUUAUUUCGUGCUGAAUUAUGUUCUUCACUGUAGUUAAAUACAUGCAGUAUGUAAAAGUUUGUCAAUUAUGUAUAUAUACCCUAAUUCCUCAACCUUUUCAACCUAAGUUCAGUUUAUGUAAAUUUUUAAUUUGAAUUUGGAAACAAAACUACUUUGCUUGGGUUGGCCAGUUUCAGGGCUUUACAAAAAGUAUAAUUUUAUCAGACUACACACAGUAAUGCUCAGAGAUACUACUUGAAUAAACAGCUUGGAAACAUGCAAAAUAGUUAAAGAAUUACAGUAUGCAUGUACAAAUAGUUUUGAAGUUUGUGUGUGGUUACAGUGAAAUGACUAUUUCAUCUCCAUGUGAAAUAGGGUAAAGUUAUAUUUAUCAGAUUUACAGUUUGUAUUGAUGUAAAUUGUUAUACAUGUUUGUAUAAGCAGAAUAGAUGACAUUUAGUCGGUUACAGGUUAAGCUGCCUCCCUUGUCAAAUGUUCACAUUGACUUGACCUGUGUAAUCAGUUUUAUAUGAAUAUGUUGUAUAUUUCCCUAUAUUAAACAGGUUUGUAAUUCGUUUUAACUCCACAUUGUGAUAAUAAAGUGUUAUGUUUUUUUUUUAUUUGAACUGAGUUUGACAGUGAAUGCGUACGUGAAGUUGACAUUUACUGGUUUUGAGAUACCUUAUAUGAUCAGUUUUCUGUUACCAAACCCGACAUGUUUUCAGACACGUUGCAUAUGGAGAGAGCUUAUUUGUGCACAGUGGAUAUGAUACGUUACAAUUGUGGUUAACAUUAUUUGAUUUUUCUUUUUAAUGUAUUUACAGAUAUUUUGUUAAAAUCUUUAUGAACAUUUAUUCUAAUGUGUGAUGGUCAUUCUUAUCAGUUGGUCCAUAACACUACAGCUCUUAGUUUAUUGUGAAAUUUGUUGUUUAUUGAGAUAAGAUUCAAUCAGUUGAAGAAUUCAAGGGUAAAGUAUUGUAUGUUUUUCACAUGGUACCUAAGUAGUGUAACUCUUAAUGCACACUCAGUUUUAUGAUGCCGGAGAUACUAAUUUCAGACUUUCAAAGAAAGAAAGAAAAAAACAAUCCAUAAGGAUAUUGACAAGUUGUAAACAAACACAGCUUUAGAUACAGGCACUGAGCAAACUUUGUACAGUUUGGGGCGGACACAUAGAAAUGGUCGAAUUAUGUAUAGAUCUACCCAAAAUUUAUACUCUUAUGAGACAUGUUAGGAUCUUAUAAUAUGCCAUCUUUCCGGUAAGUGCUCAUUCUUUGAAGUUUCUUAUUUUCUUGUCAUUCUUAUUAAUGCAAAAUGUGAAAGAGAAUUUAGAAGUGUGGAGAAUAUGGAAGAAUGUAGAAUAUAGUAUUUUUUCAUUGGUUCUUGUUGCUUUUAUAGGCAAGUGAAAGAGAUUGGAAUGAUGUGUGUGUAUAUAAGUAGUCCUUUAUAAGUCUGGAUAAUUCUUAUACCGGUAUAAUAAUAUAUCAUGCUCAGAAUUUUUCUUAAAUUGAAAUUCAUUUUCUUUGAAUGGUUUUUGAUUUUCAUAUAUUUUGACACAUUAAUACCAGUAGUGGUCACAGAUCGGUUCACUUGUAAACUUUUCAACCCUCCAUAUUCAUACAUACAUGUAUUCUCAUUAUUAUUUCACUCAGAAAGAGCCACUUUCAUUGAUAUAGGUGAAAUAUUUCUUGCUGUUUUUUGUCAUUUUAAUGUGAAGGAUAUGCUGUGUUCUGUAUGUAUGUGUAUAUAUAUAUACCUUUUUAAAACCUUUUUUUAUAUCAAUAUUAAUCUCUUACAGUCUCAAAAGGAACAAAGGUGUGUUUUACAUGCCUACCAUGCAUAUAUAUAUAUAUAUGGAAAUGUAAUAGUGACUGAUUGCAAAAUAAACCUUUUUUAUAUCAAUAUUAAUAUCCUACGGUCUCAAAAGGAACAAAGGUGUAUUUUGCAUGCCUCCCAUGUAUGUG